AUGGCGGAAGCAUUCGGUGUGGCCGGGAGCGCCGUUGGGGUUAUUUCGCUCGGCAUCCAGGCAACCCAGUACCUCUUCGACUACUACACGGCGGUCAAGGACCUGGAGUCCAAUGCCGCAGACACGACCAAACGACUUGGAGGACUCCUGGAACUUCUUCAGAUUCUGCAUGAUCAAAUGAAGAACCCGAAAUUUCUGGAUGAGUCGGCCUCGCUACGUGCGAGAAUUGCAGCGUUGGUCGAAAAUUGUGUGGAAUACAUCGAAGAUCUCCAAGAUAAGGUCAAAAAGUUCCAAGAAAAGCCCGCCGACGACAUCCUAUCCAAAGCAAGGGCUGCAGGCCGUGUUCUCGCCUACCCAUUCCGACAGAACACGUUGCGAAAUCUUGAAGCUGGUAUCGAUGGACUGCUCACCCACCUGUCUCUAGCACAGAAUUUGAUGCUGCAGAAGGACCUAGCACGUGUCAAAGACGAUCUUGGGGACAUGAAGGCAGUACUUGACUUGGUCAGAGCUGGCCAGGUCUCCGACAACAUUCACAAAUGGCUCCAGGCUCCCGACCCUUCCAUCAAUUUUAAUGCUGCUUGCGCAAAGAAACAUCCCAGUACAGGGCUUUGGCUCCUCGAAGACGCUUCGUUCAAACUUUGGCUUACCCAACCAAAUUCCCUCCUGUGGCUUAAUGGGUUUGCUGGAUGUGGUAAAUCAGUGUUAUGUUCCACGGCCAUUCAGCAUACCUAUCGAUACCAGAUUUCCAAACCACGACGCGUCGGCAUCGCAUUCUUCUUCUUCACUUUCAGUGACGAGCGCAAGCAAGACAUUUCAAGCAUGCUCCGUUCUCUGGUGUUGCAGUUAUCAGGCCAGUUGAAGAGCUAUGCGCUUCUCUCCAGUCUACAUGGUAGCUACCAGAACUCCACGCCGCCGGACCAGGCCUUCUUAGCCUGUCUUCGUCAGCUCAUACGCGGAUUUGACGACGCAUACAUCUUUUUGGAUGCUUUGGAUGAAAGCCCGCGUGAUAAGCACCGCAGCGCUAUGUUGGAGGCCCUGGCAGAGAUGCGCGAGUGGUCGGAACCCGGCUUGCAUCUCCUCGUGACAAGUCGUGACGAAAUCGACAUUCGGGAGGAGCUACGUGCGCAGCCAAAAGAAUCGAUUGAUAUGAGAAACAAAAAUGUCGAUACUGACAUUGCGAAUUUCAUCUCCCAGAGUCUCCGGCAGAAAAGAGGACUGCGAAAAUGGGAACAGCAUUAUGGCCGGAUCGAAGCUGUGCUCACCGAGCGCGCUAAGGGAGUUUUCCGAUGGGUGGAGUGUCAGUUUACAGCACUAGCUAGCUGUCCACGGAGCGAGGAUUUACUUGACCAACUGCUUUACUCCUUACCCGACACCUUGGACGAAACGUACAGACGCAUGCUCGCCAACAUACCAUCACAUGCGAAGGCUUAUGCUCAGCGUAUGCUUAUGUUGCUCUGUUACGCCAAGAGACCACUCGAAGUCACGGAACUCAUUUGCGGCAUCGCUGUGGAACUCGGUGCGACUCCAAGAUUCAACCCCAAGCGUCGGCUCAUGGACGAGGUUGCCCUCCAAGAAGUCUGCCCUGGAUUUACUGAAUUGCAAUCGAUCCCUGGUCCGGUAACCAUCCGUAUCGCGCACUUUUCCCUCCAGGAAUAUCUGGAAUCUGAUCGGAUAAAACAACACAAGGAUGUCGAAUUUUUCGGUAUCGUAAAGGAAGACGUCCACAAUCAAAUUGCAAGUAUUUGCUUGACUAUCUGCCUACAGCCAAAGUUGAAAUGGGUCGAAGGCCAGUCUGAUCUCUUGAGAUACUCUUCGACACAUUGGCCAGACCAUUUCAAGGAUGGAGGCAAUAAGCAAUCUAUCGAGAUCCAGGCUCUCAAGCUUUUUCAAGAUCUAGAGCCUCCAUCUAGGGCGCACCUUGGACAUCCUCCGAGUGAUUAUCUCAACGCGCCUUUGCACUAUCUUGCAUUCCACAAUCUCCACUCGAUUCUGUCCAAGAUUCUGAGUGAAAAAAGUCUAAGCUGUACUUCAACAACAGAUAAAAAGAGGCUUGCUAGGUCACUCAAUAAGUUUAGUGCUUGGAAAGAGACCCCCUUGGCAACAGCAUCAGAAGAGGGUCACAUGGAGGUUGUUCAACUGCUUGUUAAGAAAGGAGCUGAUAUCGAUGCAAGACACCCCCGAACUGAUAUAUAUUGCCUGCCUGCGUUAGAGGGUGCAUCGCAAGGUGGUCACAUUGGAAUUGUUCAAUUUCUUCUAGAGAGGGGAGCCGAUACAAGUCCGCACCAUUCUCGUGUUGACUCAGUAAUUCAAUACGCAUCAGCGAAGGGGCACGAAGAAAUUAUUCGGCUGCUUGUUGAACACGGGGCCGAUGUCAAUUGUCGGAGUGGCGCCAGAGGAAGUGCAAUCCAACAGGCGUCGUGUGGAGGACAUCUUUCAAUCGUCAAGUUUCUUCUUGAACACGGGGCCGAUGUUAAUUGUCGGGCUGGCGCCAGAGGAAGUGCAAUCCAACAGGCGUCGCUCGAAGGGCAUGUUUCGGUCGUCAAGUUUCUUCUUGAACACGGGGCCGAUAUUAAUUGUCAGGCUGGUGUCGGAAGAAGUGCAAUCCAUCAGGCGUCGUUUAGAGGGCAUCGUUCGGUCGUCAAGUUCCUUCUUGAACACGGGGCCGCUUUCAAUGAGCCAGGAGAGCAGGGGACUGCGCUCCAAGCAGCAGCUUCUCAAGGCCGUACGGGGGUCGUGAAGCUACUCCUAAAAAAGGGUGCUGACAUCAAUUUGCAAGCUCUCUCGACCAGGGUACCUAAAACUGCGCUCAUAGCAGCAACAGUUUCAAUGUGUGCAAAGACUGUCAAGUUCCUCCUCGACAAUGGUGCGGAUAUGGAGAUUCAGGAUGAAAUUCACGGAACCGCGCUCCAGGUAAUAUUACGAGCCUGGCAGAGGUGGAUAAAUAACUGGCAAGGACUACUCCCACAGUCCAUCGAGAUCUUCAAGCAACUCGUUGAAAAGGGGGCCAAUACUCAGGCUGCACUACAGAGCGCGUCGCCUGAGGUGCGUGACCUGAUGUUGCGGUUUUCGGGAGCUAAGGUCAGUCAUGGUGGCGCGGAGUAA